AUGAGCCAAGUCGGCGCAUUCCACGAGAACCUCUUCAUCCCUGGCUGUACUCUCACCGCGGUCUUUUACUCCGCGACGCUGCUCCUCGAGCGUUGGCUAAGACACACACGUCGUAUUCCCGGAUCCUCGAGGCCAGACAUUGUGCGAUAUGGUGUCUUAUCUUGCGUGUUUGGGUUUUGUGGAGGUUCUGCACUCUUGUUGAUUUCGUGAGCCUUUGCAUCGCCGAUUCGGUUCCUCACCAUAAAGCGCCGACUGACGAUUGUCAACUGGCAGUAUCUGUGACGUCUAUCGCCACGCGGCCGCUCACUGGGCGUCCACCUUGGUUUUUGUGCUGUGCAUGGCAGCCUCGUCGAUCUGUCAAACCAUCCAAGUGCGCCGGCUUGGCAGUCUACUCUCGCAAGACGCGGAUGCCGACCAUAGCAAAAGCGACAAAGGUAGUCACGAUGGCCACGGACAGGGGUUAAAACCCAGUGGGCGAAUUAAAUUGGUGAUUCUCGUUAUCGCCUUGGCAUGCGCCUUGAGCUUCGCAGUCCUCUUCGGCGCAUGUUUUACCGAGCCCAAUACUCGAGCCCCCUCUCCUCGAUGCAACAGGGUCGAAUCGGCCUCGGCAACGUUCGAAUGGAUCGUUGCCUUCCUCUUCGACUUCUUUCUUUGCACGUUCAUCCUCGACUUGGCUCCUGCUGUACAUAGGUGGGUAUGCUUCGAAUGCUCAGGUCCUGUUGACGGAUUCUAA